AUGGCUCCCCUCAUUCGUGUCGUCGGCUCCCUCAAUGCCGAUAUGGUUUCCGUCACACCUCGUUUUCCCGAUCCCGGCGAGACAAUCACGGCUUCAAAGUACUUCACCAGUGCCGGCGGCAAGGGCGCAAACCAGGCGGUCGCAUGUGGACGCCUGUCUCGACCACAACCCACCGGAGAGGGAAUGAAUGCCAAUAGUGACGUUCACGUCGAGAUGGUUGGUGCUGUCGGUGCCCUGGAUGGCCACUUUUCUGCCCUGUUGAAGCCGACUCUUGAGAAGUCUGGAGUGGACACCUCGCUAGUGCGAGUCAUUGAGGAUGCAUACACUGGCGUGGCAGUUAUUAUCGUCGAUUCGUCCGCUGGAGGUGAGAAUCGCAUUUGUUUCUCGCCCGGUGCGAACUACACGGGCAUGCAGCCUAAGCCCGAGGUUCUGGGAACCGCUCUCUCUACCCCAUUGCCCGACGUGAUCGUAAUGCAGGGGGAGAUUCCAGUCGACACUGUCAUUGGGAUUCUUCGGGAAGUCGCCGCAUUCAAAAAAAAGAAUCGCGCUGCCGGCAAGCGUGGGAUCGAGUCUGGGCCGGAUGUUAUGCUCAACCCGGCUCCUGCACCACCGGGAGGUUUGCCUGAAGAUGUCUAUGCGGCAGUCGACCACUUGAUUUUGAAUGAAACAGAAGCGGAGCUUAUGACGCCGCCUACAGAACAGCUUCUUCGUGUCGUUCCAGAUGCUGAGGGGCUGAACAGCAAGGAGAAAGUGGCACGAUACUUCCACAAGCUGGGUGUGACGUACCUACUCAUUACGCUGGGAGCCAAGGGCGUCUGGUACAGUGCUACGGAUGGCGGGUCCACUUGUCCCAGCGAUGGGGUCAAGCGUUUUACGAAUGAGAUUCCUGCAGCAGCGGUGUCUCAAGUGUUAGACACUACGGCAGCGGGCGACACAUUUGUUGGAGCAUAUGCGGUCAAGGUUGCGCGAUGGCGAGAGCAACGUCGCGCCGCGAAUAAGGCGGGUCAGGAUCUCACUGACGCGGAGAAGCCGCAUCGAUACCAGACAUUUAUGGACGAGGCGAUGCGCCUGGCAGUGCGCGCGUCAGCUCGUGCCGUGGAGCGACAGGGUGCUAUGGAUAGCAUUCCGUUCGAGGACGAGGUGUAA